CGACAAAACUAAUUCCAGAGGACACAACGCAACUUGAAAUCAGCUGGCAGCCUCUCAGUGAAUGUGUCUAAGAGAAGAUGUUGAGGAGGAAACCUACUCGUCUGGAGCUGAAGAUCGAUGACACUGAUGAAUUUGAAAGCAUCAAAAAGGAGCUUGAGGCACGGAAACGUCAACGAGAACAGGUGGAGUCGGGAGGUGGAGACUCUGUGGUCGGCAGCGAAGUGAUUGGGGGAGAAACUCUACCCUCAUGUUCAACCACUGCGUCGAGGGCGGAGCUUAUUAACGAGCGAAUCGGCUACAAGCCAAACCCCAAACCUACCACCUUGCCCACACUAUUUGGAAGUUUACAAUUUUAAUAAAUUAACUUAAUUCAUGUGUGUAAAGAUGAUGGAAUCAUUUCGUAUUAGCAGGGCCUAGCAAAUAAAUUAGAUUAAAAAAAAAAGAUUACUUUUGGGGGUUGUCUUCCAUAAUUCAAAACCAAGCAGUAAAUUCCACACAGUCAUGACAAGAAAA